UUGAAUCGUGCCUGUCUGCAGACACACACAACAACCAGCAGCAGCAGUAACAGCUGAGAGAGCAGCAGGGAAAGUGUACAGCUGUCUGUCAGCUCUACUUCACUUCAGACAGGGCUCGUUGUUCGUGCCUCAGUCUCUCACGUCUUGGAUACAUCAUGUCGUUCAUUCUCAUGAAGAAAAAGAGAUUUAAAUUCAAAGUAGACUUCAACCUGGAGGAAUUAUCCUCGGUCCCCUUCGUUAACGGAGUCUUAUUCUGCAAAGUUAGACUCCUGGAUGGAGGCUUUGCCGAAGAGUCGACCCGGGAGUCUGUCCAAGCUAACUGUGUACACUGGAAGAAGAGAUUCUCUUUCAUGUGUAAGAUGAGCGCCAACGCUGUGACAGGUGUGCUAGACCCCUGUUUGUGCCGGGUGUCUGUGCGCAAGGAAUUGAAGGGCGGGAAAACGUUUGCAAAGCUGGGCUUUGCUGACUUGAACCUGUCUGAGUUUGCUGGAUCAGGCAGCACUACACGACGGUGUCUCCUAGAGGGAUAUGACACCAAGAACACCAGACAGGACAACUCAAUUCUGAAGGUUGUCAUCACCACACAGCUUAUGUCUGGAGACCCCUGUUUCAAAACACCCCCAUCUACAGCCAUGACUCUGGGAAUCCCACAGGCUGAAGCAGAGUGUCUCCUUGAGGACAGAAAGGGAGGUGACAUGCACAUAUCCCGUUCACUCACUGAGAUUCCAGGAAAGUCAGUAUCAGUCCCAGAGGAGCUGGUAGCGUACGGUCACUCUCGAACACCCAGCUAUGCAAGUCAACAGUCAAAAAUCUCAGGUUACAGCUCAAAUCACUCCAGUUUAACAGAUCUGAGCCAUCGGCGGAGCGCGUCAGGAGGUUCUGCCUCCACGGGCAUCGGCAGCAUCCUGGAACCCGGUGAUCAGCAGGGGGAGAGAGGAGAGAGGGAGAGCAGGACCACUCCCCCCACCUCUGCCACCUACCACCACGUACCUGAACACCUGUCUACCCCUGCUAAAUUUCCAAGACAUCCAGUGAAGCAGAACUCAGUGGAGAAUCAGCUGAAGAGAGUCGAUGCCACGAGGGUGGAUGCUGACGAUGUAAUAGAGAAAAUCAUGCAGAGCCAGGAUUUCAGCCAUGACUUCUUGGACUCCAGUGCAGAGGAGGAGGGGCUUAGCUUGUUUGUUGGUCCUGGUGGGAGUACAGCCUUGGGAAGCCAGCACACGAGGGUCGCAGCUGGAGCCUAUGAGCAGGUGGUGAUUAAGCGCUAGGCUUUGGGAAGCAUGUGGCUGCCCUAAAAAGGGGUGCUGUAUUACACUGAUGCGGGGUACACAAGACUGAGCAGUGGAGGUGCCAUCAGAACUUGCUCCCGCCUCAUUCCAGGAGAUAUAAUUUCUCUCUUAUGCAAUCGCUCUGCAUCUGACCGGCAGUGUCUGUGGACCAGGAGAGCCACCUAGUGGUAAGAAAGUGGAAGUGAAGGCCACUCUCAGAACAUUUUGGUGACUGAAAUAUCUGGUGAACUACUUACAUUUCUGUUGGUCUUCUUGUGCUCUAUGAAAACUGUAAUUCAACACAUAUUGGUUACUCGUCAUGGUGACAUCUGAGCUAUUAAGGGAUGUCCCUGUUAUUUAAAAAAGUGUGUUAAUGUGUCCAACAUGUUUUUACUUUGGUAUGGUUGAUUUUUAUUUCAUUGUUUUAUUUGUAUCCUCAGUAGCUGCAGAAAAGGACUGUGUCCAUUCCUUGAAGUCUGACAUAUUUAAACAAAUAGAAAACUGACAGUGACUGCAAUAAAAUCCAAACACUCCUGUUCACCUGGUUGUGAAGGAUGACUGCAUUCAAAACACCAUGAACUUUUUAUGUUUUGUGCCUUCGGUAUGAUAUCUCUUAUGUGUGUGUGUGUGUAUGUGUGUGUGUGAGAGAGAGAGAGAGAGAGAGAGAGAGAGAGACUGGUGUAUGUAAAGUUGAAAGCGAUGAGUUUAUUUUUACCACUGAUUUUGUAAAUGCAUCACUGAUAUUAGUAAAAUGUAUAUUUGCUGCCACUGACGUAAUAUCUAUGGUAUGUAAGCUAUGUAUGUAUUAAAAGUGCUCUCUAUGAAGCCCAUCUGUAUGUUGUUUUUAAGAUGGCAGAAUGUUAAUAUUUUAUUUAAAGCCAAAUAAAAAGCACAUUCAAAAAAGCG